CUCAUAGCUGGCUGCGGCUCCCAUCGUCUCAUCUCCCCGCCAGCUUGAUACACCGUUCCCUCGCAUACUUGCUCUCCAUCCCGGUUAUAUCAACCGAUUUCUGGACUCAAGCGAUAUCUGCGGAAUAAAGAUAGGCUUAAUCAGAGACCAUGGGUCAAGAUCCUCGCGUGCUUCUGCAGAAAGCAGACAAGGCACUCCAAAGCGCUUCGGGAGGCUUCAGCUUCUUUGGAGGACGAUCGGAGAAGUACGAGAAUGCAGCUGACCUCUAUACACAAGCUGCAAAUGCAUUCAGAGCACAGAAGCAAAAUAAGGAGGCCGGUCUGGCAUUCGAGAAGGCUGCUGCGAUUCAGACCCAGAACUUGAAUGAACCGGAUGAUGCUGCCAACAGCCUACAGGAAGCGUUCAAGGUCUACCGAAAGACUGAUCCCGAAGACGCUGCUCGCGUGCUCUCCAGCGCCAUCCAACAUUACGUCGGGAGGGGCAAUUUCCGUCGAGCUGCAACCCAGCAGCAGUACCUGGCAGAGGUGUACGAGACGGAGAUUGGGGAUAUGAAAAAAGCUCUGGAUGCUUAUGAGAAGGCGGCGGAGUGGUUCGACAGUGACAAUGCGGAAGCUCUCGCAAACAAGCACUUCCUCAAAGUCGCCGAUCUGGCCGCCAUUGAAGGCGACUACUACAAGUCCAUUGAGCAGUACGAGCGUGUCGGCAAGUCGUCCAUCAACAAUAACUUGAUGAAGUGGUCUGUCAAAGACUAUUUCCUCAAGGCCGGCAUCUGCCAUCUCGCCUCAGGUGACCUCGUCGCUACCAACAGAGCCCUCGAAAGCUACCGCGAUAUCGACCCCACAUUCGCUUCUACAAGAGAGCACCAGCUCCUUGUCGAUCUCACCCAGGCCGUCGAGCAAGGCGACCAGGAAGCUUUUACCGACAAGCUCUUCCAAUACGACCAGCUGAGCAAGCUCGACAAGUGGAAGACAACACUUCUCCUGCGGAUCAAGAACAACAUCGAGGAAGUCGGAGAGGACUUUUCUUAAUCGUGUGUUGGUCACUUUUGUCGGGUUCGAGUUACUUUUUUACGUUUGAUCUCAUGAUGGUUUUUGCUAUGGCGCGAACCCACUUUCCCGUUUUUUUUCUCCUUUUUUGGUCAUCCUGCCGUCAUUGUAUGUACGUAGCGCGAGUGUCGUUUCUAGAUGGAUGCUGUCUGUUGGUCUGUUUAUGUUGUCAUCCCUCGUUGAAUUACCAUCUCAUGUCACGUAGUGACUCCUGAUCAAACUAGAUGAUCAAUGCUCAAGUUUCUUAAUUUAUCUUAUCUCAUGGGUAUUGUAACAAGGCAGAGAUCUCUAGGGGUUCUAGUUAAAGGCUUAUAAGGGGUGCCUGUCGGUGUAGCCUUUUUGGCGGAGUGGUUUAGUGCCUAGAGACCAGCGGCCUAUGCCCCUUUACAAGUAUAGACCGAACUACGGAAUGGGAAAUGAG